UCACUCCAGAUUUAACAGAUAUUCAAAAACUCUUUGGUACAUGUUUUUUCUCUGGCUGAAUAAAAUUUGGAAACCAUUCAGAUCCAUUGAAACUCAAUCUUCUUUGCUUCAAUACCUUCCAUACAUUCAUGAUUUCUCAACAAAAAUUUGUAAAUUUUUGUGGGUUUUGAUACCCUACAAACAAAACUUGUCUUUUUCUCAAUAGGUGCGCAGUCACCCACCACCCACCACCACUACCAGAUCCUGAACUCCCAUCAUAUUUUCUUAAUUUUUAUAUAAAUUAUUAAAAUUAUUAUACUCAUAUAUUUAUAUAUAGACAAAACCUCUUUGUGUUAUAUCACUUAUCAAAACAAACCCACACCCCAACUGGGUUCACUCACUCUAAUGGAAUAACCACACACACACAAAAAAAAGCAAGCACCUUUGGAAAGAAAAGAAAAAACCAUAUAUUUGUUUCCAAGUUUUUCCAACAACCCAAUUUGCUUUUCCUCUGUUUUUGCUUUCUGUGUUUUUGUUGCAAAAACACAGUCUUUUGCUCUCAUGGAACGUGCAAGGCGGCUGGCUAACCAGGCCUUCGUGAAGCGCUUGGUUUCAGAGGCCAAGCAGUUUCGCCAGAAUGAGACUGUGUUGAGCUCUUCAACAUCCCCUGUCUUGUACACGCCUUCAAGGUACGUUUCUUCAUUGUCUCCAUGCUCUUUCAUGCGCACAAGUAGCAGAUCAGAUUCAUUAGCAGGCAAAAAUGUGUCACAUAAUGUUGGUUAUGGCACUGGGACACAAACAAGGUCGAUUUCUGUUGAUGCAUUGAAAAACAGUGACACUUUUCCUCGCCGCCAUAACUCAGCCACCCCAGAUGAACAAACCAAAAUGGCUGAGUUAUGUGGGUUUGGUAGUCUUGAUUCACUUAUCGAUGCCACCGUGCCCAAAUCGAUUCGACUCGAAUCGAUGAAGUUUGCCAAGUUUGACGAAGGGUUAACUGAAAGCCAAAUGCUUGAGCAUAUGCAGUAUUUGGCUUCCAAGAAUAAGAUUUUCAAGUCUUUUAUUGGGAUGGGGUAUUAUAACACUUAUGUCCCUCCUGUGAUUUUGAGGAACAUAAUGGAAAACCCAGCUUGGUAUACCCAGUACACUCCUUACCAGGCUGAGAUUUCCCAAGGGAGGCUUGAGUCUUUGCUCAAUUUCCAGACCCUGAUCACUGACCUCACUGGCCUACCCAUGUCAAAUGCUUCAUUGCUUGAUGAAGGAACCGCCGCUGCCGAGGCAAUGGCGAUGUGUAACAACAUUCAAAAAGGGAAGAAGAAGACCUUUGUUAUUGCUAACAACUGCCACCCCCAGACCAUUGAUAUUUGUAAGACUAGAGCAGAUGGUUUUGAUCUUAAAGUUGUGACUGCGGAUCUUAAGGAUAUUGAUUACAAAUCGGGUGAUGUUUGUGGUGUUCUUGUUCAGUAUCCGGGGACUGAGGGUGAGGUUUUGGAUUAUGGGGAGUUUAUUAAGAAUGCUCAUGCUAAUGGGGUUAAGGUUGUGAUGGCAACUGAUCUCUUAGCAUUGACACUGUUGAAGCCUCCUGGUGAAUUUGGGGCAGAUAUUGUUGUUGGCUCUGCACAGAGGUUUGGUGUUCCAAUGGGUUAUGGAGGUCCUCAUGCAGCAUUCCUGGCCACCUCCCAAGAGUACAAGAGGAUGAUGCCGGGAAGAAUUAUUGGUGUUAGUGUUGAUUCUUCAGGGAAGCCUGCGCUGCGUAUGGCGAUGCAGACAAGGGAGCAACAUAUCAGGAGGGACAAGGCUACCAGCAACAUUUGCACUGCUCAGGCACUACUUGCCAACAUGGCUGCCAUGUAUGCUGUUUAUCAUGGACCUGAAGGCCUUAAAACCAUAUCCCAAAGGGUUCAUGGUCUUGCUGGGGCAUUUGCAGUUGGAUUGAAGAAACUUGGGACAGUGGAAGUUCAGGGCCUUCCCUUCUUUGACACUGUGAAGGUUAAGACUUCUGAUGCACAUGCCAUUGCUGAUGCUGCAAUCAAGCAGGGAAUAAAUUUGCGAGUAGUAGACACGAACACUAUUACUGCUUCGUUCGAUGAAACAACUACCUUGGAGGAUGUUGAUAAGCUUUUCAAAGUUUUUGCUUUGGGCAAGCCUGUUCCUUUCACUGCUGCAUCUCUUGCACCAGAAGUUCAGCCUGCAAUUCCUUCUGGGCUAACUAGGGAGAGCCCAUAUCUUACCCAUCCAAUCUUCAACUCGUAUCACACGGAGCAUGAGUUGCUUAGAUACAUUCAUAGGUUGCAAUCAAAGGAUCUUUCGCUAUGCCACAGUAUGAUUCCAUUGGGAUCUUGCACAAUGAAAUUGAACGCAACAACUGAAAUGAUGCCAGUGACAUGGCCUAGUUUUUCUGACAUUCACCCUUUCGCCCCUGCAGAACAGGCUGCGGGUUAUCAGGAAAUGCUCCAAGAUUUGGGUGACCUAUUGUGUACCCUCACUGGGUUUGACUCUUUUUCGUUGCAACCUAAUGCUGGAGCUGCUGGAGAGUAUGCUGGGCUGAUGGUUAUUCGGGCAUAUCAUUUUGCAAGAGGGGAUCACCACCGCAAUGUGUGCAUUAUACCUGUUUCAGCACACGGUACCAAUCCUGCUAGUGCUGCAAUGUGUGGAAUGAAAAUUGUCUCUGUUGGAACUGAUGCAAAGGGAAACAUCAACAUUGAAGAGCUGAGGAAGGCUGCUGAAGCAAACAAGGAUAACUUAUCAGCUCUUAUGGUGACAUAUCCGUCAACUCAUGGAGUGUAUGAAGAAGGUAUCGAUGAGAUAUGUAAGAUAAUCCAUGAUAAUGGAGGUCAAGUAUACAUGGAUGGGGCUAACAUGAAUGCACAGGUUGGUCUGACAAGCCCAGGUUGGAUUGGAGCUGAUGUUUGCCAUCUCAAUCUCCACAAAACAUUUUGCAUUCCACAUGGAGGUGGUGGUCCUGGCAUGGGUCCUAUUGGUGUGAAGAAACACUUGGCGCCAUUCUUGCCGUCUCAUCCUGUGGUACCUACCGGUGGCUUUCCUGCUCCAGACAAGUCUCAGCCACUUGGUACCAUCUCUGCAGCACCUUGGGGUUCUGCACUUAUUUUGCCCAUAUCUUAUACUUACAUAGCCAUGAUGGGGUCCAAGGGGCUCACCGAUGCAUCAAAGAUAGCAAUUCUAAACGCAAACUACAUGGCCAAACGCUUGGAGGAUUAUUACCCCAUUCUAUUCCGUGGUGUCAAUGGAACUGUUGCCCACGAAUUCAUUGUUGACUUGAGAGGCUUUAAGCAUACUGCUGGGAUAGAGCCUGAAGAUGUCGCCAAGCGUCUUAUGGACUACGGAUUCCAUGGACCAACAAUGUCAUGGCCAGUUCCUGGUACUCUCAUGAUCGAACCAACAGAAAGUGAAAGCAAGGCUGAGUUAGACAGGUUUUGCGAUGCUCUUAUUUCCAUUAGAGAAGAGAUUGCUGAGAUUGAGAAAGGAAAAGCUGAUCUCCACAACAAUGUCCUCAAGGGAGCUCCUCACCCACCAUCUCUGCUUAUGGGAGAUACAUGGACUAAGCCAUAUUCCCGGGAAUACGCAGCCUUCCCCGCUUUGUGGCUCCGUUCAGCCAAGUUCUGGCCUACUACAGGACGUGUUGACAAUGUGUAUGGCGACCGCAACCUCAUCUGCACCCUUCAACCGGCACCACAGGCGGUGGAGGAACAAGCGGCAGCCACUGCUUAGUCUUCAGCUCUGUGCCUUUGAACUCAACACAAAGUCUGGUCAUGGAUAUAUCUGAAGUCAUCAUUUCUUCUUCUUCUUCUUCUUCUUCUUCUUCUUCUCCUCCACGUUGUAUAUAAUUAUCCAUCUUCAUACAGCCCCUUAUAUCUCUGGUGACAUUCUUUUCCUAUUUAUGAUGAUGACGAUUAGAUUUUCUAAUAACAACUUGUUGCUGAUUGCAACUCAGAUGUUGUAAUUAUUAUUGCUUCUUUUUUAUCUAUUUUUCCUUCAUUAGGGUCUUAGCUGGGAUUAUACAUUUUCAUGUUUUACCUUUUGUUUUUUCCCGCUGCCUAAGAUUUAAACAUAAUUGGGAAAAAUAAAUAAUAAGAAAUAGAUGC